GCACCUGAGCAUUAUAAAACUCGUCAUCGUUGAACUCAUUCCCAAACCAACGACGAAAAAGAAAUACAAACGCACCAACGACGUCGGAUUUCGUCUUCAAAUUCAAUCCAAAAUGGCGAAUUCAGAGGUUUUGAGGAGGGAAGAAGACAUUGUUCCCCUUCCGAUCUUUGGCCAAGAAAAGGGAGAGAGUGUAAACUCACGUGGGUUAUUGAUCGAAAAGAAGAUUGACUUUCUUGAAAGCUUGGCCAGCAAGGUUAGUAAUCGACGCUCUCGCAGAUGGUUAAAUGAUCGCUUGUUGAUUGAACUUGUUCCUCGAUUGAAUGCUGAGGAAAUUAGAGGCCUCUUUGCUCCACCUCCAUGGGGUGACGAUGUACGAUUAUCACCAUUUUGCAUGACAAAUGUAAGGGACUGGGAUGCAUUUAGGAAUGUUGAUAUGGAUAGAGAGGUGAGCAUGAUAGAAGCCCUCUCUUCAACCAAAAGAAAAGAUCAUGUUGAGACUGAUAGAAUGGUUGCACUAAAUGCAUGGCAUAGAGUAGAUUGCCGAACAAGAGAGGCACUGAGGCGCAAUUUCCUUUCGGAACUGGUCGUGGGUUUUGAGGAAUGCAUACGGGCAUUCAUUAAGGAGAGCGGAGACGGAGAUGUCCUUGUGCUGCAUGUCCAAGACCCAUUUCACAGAUUGUUGCUGCAUGGUGUCUGUGAGUUUUAUGACUUGGUGUCUGUAACUGUCACUGGAUCCAAAGAAGCAAAACCGUUGAAGAUGACGAGGAUAAAGAAGAAGAAAUCGGGCUGUCGGGAGAUCCCAAACAUGACUCUGACCUGUUUCCUGAAAAUGGCGAAAGAUGAAGUUGUGUCUCCCUAGCAAGAAGCCGCAUGCAUCUUGCUUCGUGUUGUACUCUUCUACGAAAUGUAAAUUAUAAGACGCAUAAGCUAGGUGAUUUCUUUGAAUGGUAGGCCUAGCUGUGUAUGAUUUUUUUUUUUCUUUUCUUUAUCUUUGAAUUAAACAAAUCAAUGUGUGGAUAUUAAAUAUUAGGAAUAAUUUCAUUCAA